AUGACGGCGAUUCAGUGGAAGAGGCGACGGAGAGCAGACGCCUUUCGCUCGCUCCGGCAGAUAGCUCGAGAAGUACAGUUCUGGACUGGGAUCGGCAAGAAUACGCCGAGCUUUUGUGUCGGUAACAGAGGGGAGGAAAACUCAGGAGUCGCACAAGAAGACGAGAGUGGCAUUAAUUCCUCGGGAGAAAAAAAAAGAAAAGUUUUUUCGCUUUUGGGAGUUUUCCUGCUUCGCGUCGACGCCAUCUUGUGACCUGAGGAAAUAUCGAGGAUUUUUCUUUACUCGGGAGUCUUUUAGGAGAGAGAGAAGGAAAUCAUCUCGGCGCAGUCUGCGUUUCGUUCCCAGUACUGGAGUGUACGCACAUCCGGAGUCUUAAAAAAUUCAAAAGGAUUAAAAAAAAAAAAGUUUCCAAAAAAGACCGAACUCGCACAUAUUCGCAGCCAGUGAAUGAAGUCGUGAUACUUUAAAGAGAAGAGAUUUUGGAGAGCUAACUUUCUACCCCCAGAGAGUCAUUAGAUAACCCUACAUCGAAAUGGCUGGACAAAGAACGAGUCCCAGCGGAAGGCAGCAGAAGGGGCAGCAGAAGGCCCAUGAGGGUGACACGCAGACUUCUCAGCAGGUAACAGCACCUGUGAGAGCAAGUAAGCGACGGCAUCAGGCCACAACGUCACCCGUGACGGCGCGCAGUGAGAGCAGGUCGCCCAGGGCCAAGCAGAGGCCAGUCAUUACUCGGCAGAGCCCACCCACCAUCUCUGCUGCUCCAGCUGUUGCCGCUGCAACGACCACCACCCCAGCCACCAGUUCCUCUCCAAACGGGCGCACGAGGACAGAGUCCCGGAGUGGCUCUGUCAGUCCAUCACAGCUUGCAGUUCCCCGUGUAUCAGCAGAACCACCCUGCCCCUCCAUGCUGCCCAUGCCACCCGUGCACUGGAGGGCUGGAGAGGAUGCUAAGUGCCCAGCUCAAAGGCAACACUGUCGUGCUGUGACUGAGUCGCUACUUAAUCACUUAACUACGUCGGGCAUCUUGGUGACUGCUUAGUGGUGCUGGGAAGCAGGGCAGGUGUUGUGGCAGGGUGGCGGGGCAGCUGUAAGGUGAGAAGGUGAGUGGGGCCGCAGUCCGAACUGUAAACCACUCCCUUGGCCAGGCCAUGCCACUAUCCCCCUGCACCACUGUCCGAGUCAGUUUCCCUUGGGAAACCGGCCAAGUACUUUUAGGUGAAAGUUAAAGUAGGUUGAUGAGAUGACAAUGAUGAUGGCGUGAACUGGUAACCACGAUGUUCUUGUUCUGUGAUACUGGUAGUGCUUACUGGCUUAACUGUCCGUGUCACGCAAAGUGAAAUCACUGUUGUUGUUCCCAAAGCGUGAUGAUGUGUCCUGGCCAGCAAUAACUGGGAUCAUCAUGAGCAAGCAACCCAAUGUCCUGUAUUUUAGUAGAUUCACAUGCUGCAUUGUGGACUUGUUUCAAACUUCAGGUUUUCUUAAAGGAUAUUAACUUUUUCCCCUGGCUAUUAUUUUUUUUACUAUUUUUUUUUUUCUUUCCCCUUAGUCUCUUGGAUUUGGACAAUAUUUCUAUCUUGUCCUUCAGGCUCUCUUGUUGAAAUUUUUUAUUUCAUUAAAAGGAAGUGUUUUUUCCAAAUUCCAAUGGUUUGGAAAUUUUUCAAAAGAAGGCAAUCUUAAGUUUUAAAACUUAUCACUUAGCAUUUCCACAAUAUUACAAACAAUCAAACUGCUCAUUGUAUUUUUAGUGUAAUGGUGCUCUUCCUCACGGAAGUAAGAUGCAUAAAGUUUGUCGUCAGUAGUAGGCGGAAUUUGUCUGGAAGCGAAAGUUGAUUGUUUGUAGUUUGCCAGCAGUGCUCAUUUAGUGUCCUAUUGUCUGCAGUUGCAACUCAGACAUAAAUAGUAUUUAGAAGCUAAUAUUUUAUUUUAAUUAUUUUGUGGACGUAUUAUGCCAUUCAAGGUUUUUCAUUACUUUUUCUUUAAGUGGAUUCAAGUGUUUUACAGUUGUUAGUCAACUUGUUUGAGUUGGUAAUUUAGUAUAUCAAAUUAGACCAGUUAAUCAAUGAACGGCAGUCCGGUUGGAUGAGUCUUGAACCUGCCAGUCCACAAGGUAAUUAGUUGUUGUGAGCGGCGAGGGUUAGUGUUUCAGCACGCUAGGAGUGGUGGCGAUGGGGAACCUCCGUGAUAUAAGGUGUACCACGUACUCUAGUCUUGAGGCCCCAAACUGCCCCACUCCCAACCUACAGAAUUUGUAUAGACUAUUUUUAUUAUGCCAGUUUUUUAUCAAGAUUCUCCUGUAACCGGUUGCCCCAUUUUCAUGUAUAUUAUAUAAUUAUUUUAUUGAUCCAAAGGUAUUGGUUUGGACCAAAUUUAUAUGGUUGCCAUGCUUGAGGCAUGGCACUGUGUUUUGCUGUAAUGUGCCACGAAGGGCUGUACUGCUUGCAAAGGAUUGAUUAUUUGCAGAUGGAUUUUUUAAGAGAGAAAUUUGCAUUGUGCUGUACAAGCCCGAGUGACUAGUGUUAAGGACUUGUGAUCUCAGAAAGAGCAAGUAUUUGACUCUGGACUGGUAGACCAUAGCUGGAUCCACAUUCCAGUGUAUUAAGGGAGUGACCCUCGCAGUACAAAUCCUUUGGGGUCGCAUCCCUGCACUCUCCUGCUUCAAGUGUGAUCACCGACAAGUGCACAAUGCUCAGGAGUCUUAGGUCAGGCUGUUGAUGUGAAAGAGUAAAGAGUGACAAGAUGAUGAAAGGGGCUCACGUACCCAAGCUGUAGGCUAAGAACAAGAGACCGUGGACUCGCACUUGGGAAUUGGAGUACUGUGUGUUGAAGACACGAGGCUUAUCUCUGCUGUCUUCAUCGUCAUAGGCGCAAUUGCUCAGGUGGAGGCCAAGAUCUGUUUGUGUUGAUUUUUAUUGUAAAAGAGGGCUUGAAUCCCCCUUGAGUAGAUCUCAGAAAGAGGUUUCUUGCUCAACUAUGUGGAGCAGGGCCUCAUAAAGUAUUUUACAAUUGUGAACCAAAGCAUUUUAUCAACAUCUUAUCUGUUAGUACCUUGGUGGUGCUGACACCCAGUAAUACUUAGCUCUACCUCAUGUCAAGUUUGUUGGACUAUUGAAUGCAUAUCAUAAUGUUUGACUACAGUCCGAGAGCUGUCAUAUUUGUAAACACUUCCCUUACCACAGAAGGUACUCGAGCAGGCUUCCAUGCAUGUGGCUUUACCAGUGGUUAGUUAGUGUACUUGAGAGGCUCGGCUGUAUUUGAUGCUGACCACGGAGGGCAGAGUGCCACAACUGUCACUGUGUCUGAGGGCUUCCUACACCUGAGGACGUGACGCCUGUUGCUUAGCAUUAAGUGUUGCUGUUUUGUAGUGUCCUAUGCAUGAGGACAAGCCUGACUUCAACCGGUCACAGGAGGAUGUAACGAAACACUAACACGCCCAUGGUGGUGGCACUGCUGUUGGCGGCAGCACUGCAGGGCCAAAGGAAUAUCAUCCCCAAAUAACCCUUGCUCUGCUACCGCCAGCACUACCACCAUCGUCAAGGAGACUUGAAGAUUAUAUGUCUGUGAUACUGCCAUCAACUUCAACUCUCCUCCCCAAAGUUUAAAAUCAGAUUAUUUGCCAAUUUGGCAAAAUCCCCAUGAUAUCACCAUUUGGUUAUGGUACAAAGGAAUCUAUUUCAGAGUUAUUUGACAAGAAAAAAGAAAAAAAUAAUUAGCAAAAAAAUGUAAAGUAUUCUAAGUUAAAUAAUGUACCUGAUACAGGUGUGAUUGGAGACCUCAUGGCUGCAUGAGGCCUCCCAUAGUCUUGUCCCCCCCUUACCUUCAUCCCUAUUCCAUCCACGGGGUUGUUACCCUAAUUGUUAACCGUGAGAUACCUCUUUUUCAUCCUUUUUGACUCAUUAGGCCAUCCCAUUUCCUUUUUGCAAUAUUUUGCUCAUAAGUCUUAAAUCUUUUUCCUCCCCCCAUCCCACCCCAUUCACCCACCCACCUGUUUUAGCUCUUGUCCCAGUCUUUGGGACAUUCCUUGGUCCAAUCACCUACUUACUACUUUUCCUAUGACUUUGUAUGAAUUGGUAUCAACUGAUACUUGUGAAAAUGUGAUAAUCUCAAGACCUUGUAUGUGUUUGUGUGAAGAGUAUGAAUGUUAAAAUAUGACAUGGAUGGAUAUCCAUAUUGAUGAGUG